UUUGCUAUGUACUUACCUUUUGCACGUGGACUUCUUAUUCUAGUUAUCGUUCUUGGCCAAGAGGUGUUUGCUCGACCAGCAACAGGAGAACUAAAAAGACCCAAGCAACUUCUAAAGUCUCAUCCAAGUUUAUACCGACGACAAGAAGUCGUCGCUGUUCCGCCCGUGGCGACAUCAAUACUUGAAGGACCUUACCUUCCUCCUGCAAAUGCAGAAAAUGAGUUGCUUGUUGGACCUACCGGUGUACCAAAUCCUCUGCAUCGCGGCUAUCCGUCGUUUCCAGGACCUCACAUCUCACAUUUGUUUCCCUACGGCUCCUACGCUAGAUUUCGUGGAUUUUACCCUCAUCAGAGCUACUAUCCCAUGAUACCCUGGGGACUUCAUCAUGGUUAUACUCACUGGCCUCAUAUGCAGGCUUCAGGACCAGUUUUCCUAGCAGAUCCAAAUGACGGGAUGUAUCAGGAGCCUGUCACUGGGACUAUGAUUCCCCGACCGAUAAUACCUCCUCAGUAUCCAGGAUUCUAUAUGAAUCACGCUGUUGAAAUGUACAGACAUAAUCAUCUUGGACCAAUGUUUCUUGGAGGGCAUGGGGCAAGAAUGUAUCCCGUUGAUGUUACCAACGUGGAAGAUCAAAUUUUAGACAAUUCAGCGAAUUUACACAGCUCCCCAAUUGAGGAUGUCGCUCAUAAAAUGGAAGAGAUUAGAGAGGAAACUGAACUUGAACGACAGAAACUAAUGGAAGCAAUGAAACUAAAAUCUGCGAAGAAGAAAGUACAAAAGCAGUAGCUCGUGGACAUUAAUAAGCGCCUUCAGAUAAAAUAUUAUGUUCAUGAAAACUAUAUGUCAGUGAGUCCUCAACCAAAUAUUCUGGUUCACAAUGAUGGGAGAAACUAGCUUUAGAACUACUCUCGUUAUGGAUAGGCUUCGAGAUUCUUCUUGUUUUUUUCUUUAUUCUUACUUUCUGCGGCCAGCGGCUACUCCUUCUCCUUCUACUUCUCACUGACCUCUAAUUACUUUUUACUGCCUUCUACUGCUGUUAAGUAAAACUCUAAAGAAAGUGCGUCCCUAGAAGAACACUUCCCUACACAGAAAAUCGACGAGAGGAAUCACAAGAGAAAUCUCAAGAUGUUCUCCCGCUAUGUUGUAAUAAAAUGCAGAAACAAGUAUUCACGACUGCUUUCAAAAGAGAAAUGUAAACAAGUUUACGAUAUAAUGUUUUGGUAUCGUACCGAAAAAUUGUGUUUAGAUAGAAACUGCAUACACAUACAACAUGAACUAAAGGCAACAUUUAAAUACACGGUGGCGAUACAUACAUACAAGCAAAGCAUAUUUCUAGGCAAUUUAGAAAUUCUAUUUCAAGCAAGGCUCUCGCUCUUUGUGUAAAAACUAAAGCCCUAUAUCAG